GCCAUCUGAAGACUCCAGAUGUCUGUCCUCCUCCUCCUGGGGCUAACCAGAACUGGCCAAAAGCCAAACUAAGUUCUGUGUUCCUCUCUCAUGACCCCAGUCCAGGGAUGGAGGCUGAAAGACCCCGGGAAGAGGAGGAUGGUGGGCAGCAGCCCUCUGCCCACACCGUCUGCCCCCCCCAUCUGACUGGAACGGACCUGUCCUGGCAUCAGGGUCCCCCGCACGAUGAUCAGGGCUGGCCCCCUGUGAACGCCACCACUCGGCCUUGGCGAUCUGCUCCUCCCUCCCCGCCUCCUCCAGGAACCCGCCACGCAGCCCUGGGGCCCCGUUCGGGCUCCCUGCUCUCCCUGCAGACAGAGCUCCUUCUGGACCUGGUGGCUGAGGCCCAGUCCCGCCGCCUAGAGGAACAGAGGGCCACUUUCCACACCCUUAAGGUCCCCACGAGCCUAGCCCCAACCCCACCCAGGCUUCUUGAGGACAAAGAACAGCUCUACAGCACCAUACUUAGUCACCAGUGCCAGCGGAUGGAAGCCCAGCGGUCAGAGCCGCCGCUGCCCCCCGGGGGUCAGGAGCUCCUGGAGUUGCUGCUGCGAGUUCAGGGUGGAGGGCGAAUGGAGGAGCAGAGAUCCCGGCCCCCUACACACAGCUGCUGAGACCCGAGCUCCCCGGCCAGCCAGCCAGCCCUUCCUCUCCGGGACUCAGAGCUGGGCCGCCACCACCCACCCCACCCCCGCAAGCCUUCACCCCUGCGUGGCAGGGGUGCCAGAGACUGAAGACCCAUUUUCACCCCCCCCCCAGGGAGCUGGACUUGGGGCCACUACUCUAACCUCGGACGUGAGCGAGGCAGGGUGGACACGGCUCCCUGGGGCAGUUUCAGAGUCCCCUACCCUAGGCGGCCAGGCUACUCCCCAGGGCGUGAGGACUGCGGCCUGGCCCCUUCCCUGCCCAGUAAGGGGGAGAAGGGGGGAACGAUUAAGACAACGAACGGCCCAGCACUCGCACCCCCAAGGCCGAGGGGCCGCCCCCCCAGGCUGGGAAGCGACCCCGAGCCCCACCCACCCACACCCCCACCCCUGCUGCCGCGUCUGUCUUGAUGUUUUGGUUGUACGAAUAAACUUAACUCCCCUCUGGA